AUGCAGCCAGAUUUGGUGCUGUUUACAGGUGAUUUUGGUAACGAGAAUGUUGAACUUGUCAGAAGUAUUGCGAAUCUUAAAUUUGCUAAAGCAGUUAUUUUGGGGAACCAUGAUGCCUGGAAUACGCAAAAAUUUUCUGAAAGGAAGGACAAUGUCCAACUUCAGCUGGAAUGUCUUGGCGAUGAGCAUGUUGGUUACCGCCGGUUGGACUUUCCUAUGCUAAAGCUGAGUGUUGUUGGCGGGCGGCCAUUUUCUUGUGGAGGUGAGCAGUUGUUUCGAAAAAGGCUUCUUUCUGCAAGAUAUGGAAUCAAUGACAUGGAUGGAAGCGCAAGGAGAAUCUGUGAGACUGCUUUAAGGACACCAGAGGAUCAUACUAUUAUAGUUCUUGCUCAUAAUGGACCUACAGGUCUAGGUUCUAAUAUGAAUGACAUCUGUGGAAGAGAUUGGGUGCCAGGAGGUGGCGACCAUGGUGAUCCAGAUUUAGUACAUGCCAUUUCCCAACUGAAAGAGACCACCAAAUUCUCUAUCCCUUUGGUUGUCUUUGGCCACAUGCAUAAAGGGCUGGCAUAUGGAAAUGGUCUUCGGAAAAUGAUUGUAGUUGGGAAUGACAACACUACAUACCUAAAUGGAGCUAUUGUUCCUAGGGUUAAAAGUUUGAACAGUGAACAAGGAACACAUAACAGGAGCUCCAUGAACAAUGGAACCCGUCUUGCAGCAACAGAAUCAGAAGGCACAAUGCGAGCUUUCACCGUAGCUAUAAUGUCGAAUGGCAGAUUGGAGAAGAUUGCAGAAACUUGGGUUUCAGUAAUUGGAGACAAAACCACAUUAGCAGAGGAGAACAUACUGUUUAGUAGUGACCCUAGAAGCUCUGAGCAGUCUCUGUAGUGGGUUUUCAGUUUUGAGCACAUUAUGUUAUAUACUGGUGAAAAACCUAACCUGUUAUAUGUAUUGCUCUGUCAUGUAUAUUGAAGAGACAUAAGCUUAAGAUGUAUGAGUUUUAAUUGUUCAACUACCGACAGCUUUAUCUGUUAUGACUUGAUAAUGGCAGCAGAUCUAG